AUGUCGCGCAGCUACCUGGUCCCCUUGGUCUAUACCUUCGCCUCGCACUAUGCCCUGGUUCAGCAAUCCAGGGAUGACGCAGCCUUUGGCUCUGCACUGAUUGCCGUGUAUGAUGAACAAGAAUUGCACAAUAAGAUUGACAGCACCAGUGUCAGUUUGACAGAUAGACCCAGCCCAGAUCCUUUUGAGAUGGAGGUGGCUGCCCAGCUGGCUACGUUUCAGACAGUUGGUGGUGAGAUUGAGGUGACUCCAUCUGCACUGAAAUUAGGCACACCGCUGCUAGUGAGGAGGAGCAGUGACCCAGCGCUGGGCCCACCUGCUGGCUUCCUCCCAGGUGCUGCACACCCCACUGACAAUAGUCUGAAAUCCGUUGUGGCUGGUGCAACACAGUUAUCUUUUGAAGAUGGAGAAAUGGAUCUCACUGGGCACACUGAACAGCUGAUAUCUCAGAAGGCCAAGUUCACUUUCAGUGAUGUGACAAGAACAGUAGAGAUUUCUGGGGAAGGUGGCCCUCUGGGGAUACACGUAGUACCCUUCUUUUCAUCUCUGAGUGGAAGGAUUCUAGGACUCUUUAUCCGUGGCAUUGAGGAGAACAGCAGGUCCAGGCGUGAUGGUCUUUUCCAUGAAAAUGAAUGUAUUGUGAAAAUUAACAAUGUGGACCUUGUAGAUAAAACCUUUGCACAGGCUCAGGAUAUCUUCCGUCAGGCAAUGAAAUCUCCAAGUGUCUUCUUGGAAGUGGUUCCUCCAUAUAAUCGUGAACAAUAUGAAAAGUCUGUCAUUGCUCCCCUUUGUUUGCUCGCAAAUGAUGAAGGAGUUCCAAAAACAAAGGUUCCACCUCCUGUUCUUACGAAACCAACUGUGAAAACACUAGACCUCUCUGGAAUGAACAGCCUGGAGACAGAUCUGCAGGCAACACUACAACAUGCUAAAAGCCCCAAUCUCCCAAGGUUGGGUAAGAAACCAUCUUCGCCAUCACUGUCUCCUCUGAUGGGCUUCAGCAACAAGAAAAAUGCAAAGAGAAUAAAGAUAGACCUUAAGAAAGGUCCUGAAGGACUUGGUUUCACUGUGGUUACCAGAGACUCUUCAAUCCAUGGCCCUGGUCCUAUUUUUGUGAAGAAUAUUUUGCCAAAGGGGGCAGCGGUCAAAGAUGGUCGUUUGCAGUCAGGAGACCGAAUACUGGAGGUGAACGGCAGAGAUGUCACUGGCAGGACCCAAGAAGAACUAGUGGCUAUGUUGAGAAGCACUAGGCAAGGGGAGACUGUCUCUCUGAUCGUGGCUCGGCAGGAGGAAGCCUUUCUGCCUCGAGAGCUGAAAGGAGAGCCCAACUGCAGUAUUCUUUCACUGGAGACCACAGAACAGCUGACCUUUGAGAUACCCCUGAAUGAUUCAGGUUCUGCUGGACUUGGUGUCAGCUUGAAAGGGAACAAAUCUCGGGAGACUGGGGCUGACCUUGGGAUUUUCAUCAAAUCCAUUAUCCAUGGAGGUGCAGCUUUUAAGGAUGGUCGCCUGCGAAUAAAUGACCAGCUGAUUGCAGUGAAUGGAGAGUCUCUUCUGGGGAAGUCCAACCAUGAAGCCAUGGAGACACUGAGGCGUUCCAUGUCUAUGGAAGGGAACAUUCGCGGGAUGAUUCAGUUGGUGGUUCUCAGGAGACUGGAUAGACAAAUGCAGGAACGCUCAGAUCAUGGGUUUUUUCCAAAACCAGCCCUUGAGGGCAGUCAGACCUUUACCACUAUCUCCAGGCGCAAUGAUGCUGUCCUGCAGCAAUUUGUAACUUACAGUCCUCAGGAAAGAUUAAAAGUUUCAGAGCUGACUAUGUCCGAUCAUGGUAGUGCUGAGAAUGAAGUUCCACCUCCCCUGCCCCCACACCCAAGUGAGGAGCUACUUUCUGAAGAUUAUAAUCAUAGCUCUGUAGUGGAUGCAGCAGCAUAUUUAACAGAUCAGAACAUCAACUUCAGAUCUUUGACACCAGCCAAGCAGCCUGAAUCAAUUAAUCUGAGAACCUCCAAAAGUAUGGAUCUUGUGGCAGAUGAAAGCCAGGUUAGUUCAUUGGCUGGACACAAACAAGAAUCUCCUGGCAAAGAUUUUGGUCCCACUCUGGGCUUAAAAAAGUCCAGCUCCCUGGAGAGCUUGCAGACAGCUGUGGCUGAAGUCAGGAAGAAUGAACUUCCUUUCCACAGACCCAGGCCUCACAUGGUCCGUGGUCGGGGCUGUAACGAGAGCUUCAGAGCUGCCAUUGACAAAUCUUAUGAUGGACCUGAAGAUGCAGAAGAGGAUGGUCUAUCUGAAAAGAGCUCUCUCUCUGCUCAAGAAACUCAGAACUUUGAAUCAAUCCCGCAAGGGAAUCCUGAACUAGAAGAUGUAGAAACCAAGGCAAAGAAAGACAAAAAAAAUAAAGAGAAGGAGAAGAAAAAAGGAAAGAGCAAAGCUAAGGUCAAAGAGAAGAAAAGGAAGGAAGAAAAUGAAGAUCCAGAGAAGAAAACGAAAAAGAAGGGUUUUGGUGCCAUGUUGAGAUUUGGAAAGAAGAAAGAAGAGAAAGGUGGGAAAGCUGACCAGAAGGGAAAUCCAAAACACGGCACACUGAGAGAAGAAGAACUAGAAAAGAUGAAAGAUGAGCGUGAAAGGUGA